GACAGUGCGGGAGAGAGACGUGUUUCGCGAUCAAUGGAUACUGUUUGGAUGCUAAAUCUCGCGUAAUCUGUGCUUUAAUCGAGAAGAGAGAAAACAAAAAUUAAAAAAAAAACACCCCGUCGUCUUCGCAUCGACACUCGUGUGAUGUAAAGAUGGAGAAAGGGCUGCUGUCGCUUCUCUUAGUGGGCGUGGUGCUGAGGCUCACCCACGCCCACGUCGCCCUCACCUUCCCGCCCGCCCGCAAGUACGACCUGGAUUUCCUCGACUCCGCCAGGACCCCCGGCCCCUGCGGAAUGCCCAAAGGAGAUGUCAGCACCACCUUGUUGCAAGGAUCCGCCUUCAAUGUGUCGUGGCACCUUGCUUAUCCUCAUCAGGGCGGCUUCCGGCUGGAGCUGAUGGACGCGCAGGAGCGGCCGCUGGCGGACCUGACGCCCGUCACAGCCGACUCCAAGUUCCUGGCCGAUGACACGACAGCCCAGUCCUUCAGGGUCAACCUGCCCAAGGACCUCGCAUGCAAGGGCUGCACCGUGCGCCUGAUCCGCGAGGCGAGGGAGUGGGGGAAGUCCUACAAGUUUUGGUCCUGCGCCGACGUGGAUAUUGUGCCUCGCAACGACUACCGCGAGGACUGCAGCGGCCGCGGGAAGUACAUCGUGUCCCGCUGCCACUGCAACAAGCGCUUCUUCGGCAAGCGGUGCCAGUUCGAGAACGAGUGCGAGGACGACGACGACUGCGGUCACUUCGGCAAGUGCGUUGACAUCGACUCCACUUCGUUCCCCAAGAAGCAGUGCUAUUGCCAGCAGGGACGAUUCGGCCCCAAGUGCUCGAAAGCUUCUCUGAUCACCAACCGAGGUCAGAUCAACCUGGGGACCUACAACAAGAGGGAACUUAGUGACAAGUUGUCCCUUCACUGGAAGGUCCUGCGAACAGAGGGAGAAAUUGAGAUCGUGCUCGUCAAUAAGGGCACCUCGUACGUCGCUUUGGGCUGGAGGCCACAGGAUGCGACCAAGACGUGCCAGCAGUUCCCUUACAUUCACGGCACUGUGAAGGAAGGUGGCUCAUGGGCCAAGUCAGAACCGGAGCCAGAGGCAGAAGCUGAACCAAAGGCUGAAGCUGAACCUGAAGCUGAACCAAAGGCUGAAGCUGAACCUGAAGCUGAGCCAAAGGCUGAAGCUGAGCCAGAAGCUGAAGCCGAACCAGAAGCUGAAGCCGAGGCUGAACCAGAGGCAGAAGCAGAGCCAGAGGCUGAGGCUGAACCAGAACCUAAAACACCAUCCAAAUAUGAGGCUCAUGCAGAACCUGAGGCAGAACCAGAGGCUGAAGCUGAACCGGAGGCUGAGGCAGAACCAGAAGCUGAAGCUGAAGCUGAACCAAAGGCUGAGGCAGAACCAGAGGCUGAAGCUGAACCAGAGGCUGAGGCGGAACCAGAGGCUGAGGCGGAACCAGAAGCUGAAGCUGAACCAAAGGCUGAGGCAGAACCAGAGGCUGAAGCUGAACCGGAGGCUGAGGCAGAACCAGAAGCUGAGCCAGACACAAAAGCAGAGACCACGAGGAAGCCCACACUCAGCCUGGCUGAUCGCCUUUCUGGUCUUCUUGUGCCAAGUGGUAGAAACAAGCGCAGUGCUCCAUCGAGGAGGGCACGUUUUGCGGUUCCACUCCUCAAGAGUGUCGAGAAACCACAGAAACUGACUGGAGAAACUGAAGCCAUGGUUGGUCACGAAUCAGAGCCUGAGGCAGAAGCCGAGGCCAAAACCGAGCCAGAAGCCGAAGCCGAGGCCGAAGCAGAAGCCGAACCAGAGCCGAUCAGCGGCGCGUCCCCCUUCGUGCCGCGCGGCAACCUCCACGCCAUGGACUGCACGGACAUCGUGAUCGGCAGCGCCCGCGGGAACCUCUACCGAAUCGGCGACUACUACACGCGCGACCGCUCCACGCCCCGCACCGACGAAUUCUGGGGCGGAGAAAGCUCCCUGACGGCGGCGCUGGGCUGGGAGGAGGACGGGCAGACCACCAUCGUCUUCAGGAGGAAGCUCAACGCGUCCCACCCGACCGACUACCCGAUCACCAACUCCCUGAUGCACGUGAUCUGGGCGCGCGGGCAGGAGCAGGGCAUGUACGUGCACACGCCGCGCUCCGGCCUGGAGGAGGGCGUCGCCAGCGUUCCCGACUUCUACAAGCCCGACGAGCUUAAGUACCACGGCAAGAAGGGCCAGAGGGGCGUGCUGGCGCUCAACUUCUUGGAGAGGAAGACCGACCCGACGGCGGCGGCGGAGGAGAUCGACUGGUGCGGCAACCACUGGCGUUACCCGCAGGGCUGCACGCCCGGCCAGGACUGCGAGUACUACGCCCGCUGGGAGUACCUCGAGAAGACGGAUGACAUCAAGUUCACCAUCCAGACCUCGUUCACCGACCGCUGGACGGGCAUUGGCUUUUCCGAUAACACGAGGAUGCCCCUAACUGAUGCAGUGAUCGGCUGGGUGGAGAACAGCGGCCGCUACUUCAUGUUCGACGCGUAUCUACGAGCCUACUCCAUGCCCGUCGUGGACCCGUCGCAGGGCAUCAGGAACGAAACGGGCAAGAUCGAGGACGGGAUCACGACCAUCAGCUUUCUGAAGAAGAGGACGUCCAAUGAUGCGGAAUAUGACUUGAACUUCACAGACGAGAAGUGCCUGUACCUGGUGUUCCCCAUCAAGGGUGGAUUCAUCAACUACGUGUCCAAGAAGGUCCGCAAGCACGAACGCACGCCGGCAUUCUCCACAGAGCGCGUCUGCAUCAGACCCUGCAGCAAGUUUGGCGGUGCUGAUGGAAAGCCCUUCGUUUACACCACCACACCUCGUCCACCUCUGUUGCACUACGCUGUGGAAUUGAAACUGGUUGACGUAGGUGAGAAUUUUGAGGUGCCAAAGCCAGGAACUGUGUCCUGGACAAGCAUCACAGACAGAAUCAAGAGGUCUGUUGAGGGUGCCAUUCAGGAUAUCCCCGGAUACCAGGCAGCAGAAGUAACAAAACUCUCUGACGAAGGGGACGGCAAAAUCCUCGCAGAACUUCAAGUUGUGUUGGACAAGAACUCCCAUGAAGAGGGACUUGAGGAGAGUGCCCACCCAGAAGGUGAGACAGAAGAAGAACCCAUGGUGAAGACAGUUUUGCAGAAAUCUGUCAAGUCGGGAAAUUUAGCUGGUCUCAUCGUCGAUCCCAGCUUCCUCCAAGUCAACCAGCUGCGAGAGGUCUCCGAAGCCACUAGAGAAGAGAAUGUGACUGGGUUAGCUGGCCAUAAUGGUGCUAUCAAAUUCCUUGAAGACCACAAGCUCUGGAUCAUCUUGGGCGUUGUUGGUGCACUGCUCUUGCUCACCAUCAUCCAGGCUACAAUCACCAUCCAUAAAAUCAAGAAAAACAGAAGCCCACCUGUGAGUACCAAGGAGCGUCUCAUCACCAACUCAGGAUGGAAGGACUACAGUCAGGGCAACAUGAACUAUGCAUAUGACAGCUUUGAGACAGAGGAAAAUGGUGUCAACUCCCGGCGUCAGGGAGCCAAUGGGUCCCUCCGUCCCAGUGCCCCACGGGGCACCUAUGAACGCUCCAAUGGCCACAGCAAUGGCUAUAUGGGGGGCCCCAACGGCCAUCCCGGGCACCAUCCUGGUGGUUAUGGAGGGGAUACACGCUCCCUUCAGCGCCCCAGGAAUGCACCUCAGAGCAGGCCAGAUCCAAGAGGCACUUAUUCCCUCCCACGAGGAUCAACCACAUCAUCUCUGCCCUCAUACAACACCGCCAUGCAAGACAUGACCCCUGACUUCUACUACCUUCCCUCUCAGCGCAAGUACUCUGGUGAGGUUGUCCGCGUGUAUGUAGAUUACAACCAGUCCAAAUAAGGCUAUUAAUGCUUGACCUAUUGAUAGGUCAUGUUGAUUGCGAUUUUUUGGGGAGAUUAUUUGGUUCAUGGCCGAUUAGUGAAACUGGUUCUUAAUUUGUUUUUAAUUCCUUUUUAUAAUUUUAUUUGCAUAUUUAGGAGAAUGUGUACUUAUAUUGAGUGAUUAACAUUUUAAAAAGUGGUUUGUGAUGCUUAAUGCCACAUUGCAUUAUGUUACAAGUAGAAACUGGUUGGUGUUUUACAAUUGAGAUUUUAGCUACCUGGAUUAUAUGAAAAGUGCACACAAUAUUUUGUAGAAAUUUUCCAGCUCUCCCAGUAAUGCAGUAGGGUGAGAAAAUGUUCAAGUAUAUUCUUGUUCUGUGCUGAAUAUUCCUUAUACUGCUAAGGUUUUACCUGUAUACUCGGUGUAAAAUAUAAAAAGUGAUUUAUAUUGCUUGAUUAAAAGGGCAAAUGAAUAUUCUACUUUUCUCUCUCAAAAGAAGAGAAAAUUCAAUAGUUAGUUUUCCAGCCAUAGUAAUAUGUUUAUAUUUGUAAAUAUAUACUAGGAAUGUCAGCAGUUAGUGUUGAUUGGAUUGCAUAUCGUUUUUCUUGAUGGCUAUAUGAACAGACUUUUAAAUUUAUAAUGGAUAAAUACUCCAAUUUUUUUUUUUUUUUAUAGUCUUUCUAAAAAAAAUAAAUGAUUUAAUGAUAAAAUAUGCUUUACAUCUUUUGCAUGUAUGUUAUGUAUAAACACAUGCUAUCUCUUCGUAUUUUCACAUUUAGGGAAAUAAUGAUAUACUGUGUAUAUAUAUAGCCUUGCCUGUUAUCAUUUUACAACUGAAAAUGGUUGAAAUUGCUCAAAUUAGGGACUUUGCAAUAUGUGGGAAAAAGUUUUUAUUUUUGCACAAUAAUGGCAGUUUUACAAACAAAAUAUGUCAGACAAGAAAUAGUUAUGACUCUUGGUGGUCAUCUGAAGACAAGAAUGUUUGUGAUGAAAAGAAAAAAAAAAUCAUAGUCUGUACAACAUAUCAGAAGUGAGAACAUGUACUUUUUUCUUGUUAAAAGUGAUUUGAUCUUUACAGCACAGUAGUAAGGAAACCAUCACACUGUUUUUUUUUUCUUGUAUGUGCCAUUUUUGUGAUAUACAUUACAGCAUAAUCACUUACCCUAAUGGUUUGAAUUUCAAUUUUUGUAAACUACAAAGUGUAUAUAGGCUCAGUGAUAUAAAUCUAAUAGAACUUUAGCAUGUUCACUGUAUAUAUAUUUUAUAACAGUAAGGUGAACUUGUAGCUAAGAGAAAUGGAAAUGAAAAAUGAGGAAAAACUUUUGUUACGUGUCUGUUGUAAACAAUGACUCAGUUAUUUUUUGAAAGUUUAGAUAGUUAAAAAAAAGUUCACCUUGCAGUUACUCUAACGAGGGCCAAUCUUUCAAAAUGUACCCAUUAUUUCAUAUUUAUUACGUCAUUUUUAGCAAGUGUUAACAGCUUAGAAGUGGACCAGUGUGUGAGUAGACAUACGUGUGUAAAGGUUGUGAUAUGUGAUUUAAGCAGUCGUCGUUGAUGUGUCGUGUGCAUCAGCUUCAUUUAUUUUUUUAUUUUGUUGUAUUGUAUGUUCGUAGGUCAGAUGAAUCCCUUUUUUCACUGUCUUUGGUGACGUGAUGACUUACCUGAGAUGGUUCAUUUGGUUUUUAAAGAUUGUCAGCAUUUGUUCUUUUAUUUUUUAUUAUUAUUUAUUUUACUUUUUUACUUUGAUGUUCAUUUUUGUUCUUAUUUUUGUUGAGUGCACAUAUUUUUUGUAAGAGUACUAUUAGGAAGUUUUGUGAUGCGAGAUGCAGAUGUACCAGUAUGUUGUGAAUGCAAGAUUUACAAAAUAUAUAUAUUUGUAUGAAAAUGUCUUCAGUAUAUGGAUAUAUACAUACAAUUCUCCGGAUGGAUGGAUGGAUCAAAGGAUGGACAGAUAGCUUUGCAAAUAGAACACUAGUAUUUUUGUGCUCUGUGUUUGUCUUUGUAAUUCAGUUUCUUUUGUCACAACUUGUAACGAAAAUGAUCCAGGUGAUAAUGAAGGCCAGUUGUGCAAUGUCGUUCAAGGAUAAUUUAAGUAUUUACCGACUGAUGUCCACGGAAAGAAUUGUCUGAACACCGGAAAGGAAUGCCACAGGUAUUUUGGAGCAGGGAGGUUGAGUGUGUAAGAACCAUGAUAUUGAAUAGGCCUCUUUCUGAGAUCUUGUUGUAUGAUCUCUUUUAUAUGACUAUUGAUUUUUUUUGUAAUCAUUUCUAUAUUUAGAGUCUUCAUUUACCUCAGGUUAUUUUGACAGUAAUCUGUGUUUAUAUAUAUAUAUA